AUGGGUAGAGCUGAAAAGCUGUUUCUUGGCUGUGUUUCCGAUCUUGUGUUCAAUGCAGCAGAAGAGCUUUCACGUAGCUUACAAAGUAGGGACACUUCUGCACAAAAAGCACAUUUAGUUUGCAAAUCUGUGCUACAGUACUACCAGAAACUGCGCCAAGAUGAGUUCGAGUUUGAGCAUCUCUACAGUGAGACGAUUAAAGAGGCAGCUGCAUUCAAUAUUGAACCAACUCUGCCAAGACAUCGAAACCGACCAAAAAGGUAUGAUGAUGGUCAGGAUGCACACAAGUUUGACAGUCCCAAGCAGCUGCACAAACAAGAGUACAUCGAAACGUUGGAAUUUCUGAUCAACCUGUUGGAGGCAAGAUUUGAUCAAAAUGACUUUGACAUAGUUUGUGAUACGGAAAACAUGCUCCUAGGAGCAGCCAACGGGACCUCCGUAGAAUUCCUAGAUUCAAUCAAGUUGUAUACCAAAGACAUUGACAUGACUAAAUUGAAAACGCAUCUUAAGCUCCUUCCUCAAUUCAUUCAGGUGACUAAUGAGGACAUUAAACAUGUGGGAUCAAUGAGAACAAUUGCCAGUGCACUGAAUUCGAGCCAAGUGGGAAAGAAACUGCUUAGUGAAGUAACAAGUCUAUUACAGAUAUAUUUUACCAUCCCUGUAACUACUGCUACAGCAGAGAGGUCCUUUUCCAUCUUGGGGAGACUGAAGACUUGGCUGAGGAGCACAAUGAGUCAGGGUCGACUCAACAAUCUCCUCAUGAGUCAUGCUCAUGAGAUGGCCGAUCAGGCCGAGAGUACUGCUGAGAGCGGUGCGUCCUCUCAUGUGGGUGGAAAUCUGUCUGGCAGAUGGCACCACCGUUGUCUGUUCGUCAAUCUGCCAUCACAGAUCGCUGACAAAAGAGGAAGCUGA